GGGCACACUAAUUUGAAUGUAAGUCACUUGAAUUGAUUUUUUCAACACGCAAAGGUUGUAACUUAGCACUAUGAGCACUCUUGAUGCCAAAAAGAUAGAAGAGGCGGAGGCCUUGAUAGGCCAGACGGAUAGUGCCGCGAAUGAGUAUGCCAAAGCUGGUAUGUAUUUCAAGGCAGCAACCGCAUAUCGAGUUGCCAAAAGUUUCGAUAAGAGCAAGGAUUGUUUUUUGAAGGCCAUCGACUGUUACGAAAACAACAAGUCAUGGUUCCAUGCAGCCAAAUCCUACGAGCAGAUUAUCCUGCUUGCCAAAGAAACGGACAAGCUGUCCGAAGUGGAGGACUAUGCCAAUAAGGCUUGCUGUCUCUACCAGCAACAUGGUUCACCGGAAGCAGCAGCGGCUGCUAUGGACAAAGCCGCCAAGAUGACGGAAUCGAAGCAUCCUGACUUGGCUUUGGGAUUCUACAAACGCGCCCUGGCAGUCGUCCUGAUUGGGGACUCCACUCAUCAAGCAUCGGAAUUCGCAUCGAAGGUUUCCAGGAUAUUGGUCAGACUCAAAAAAUACGAAGAAGCCACCAAAGCCCUUAAAAAGGAAAUAAGCCUUAAUCUGCAGACAAAGUCUUACGGACAAGUUGGCCGUUUAGUAGUGGCUUUGAUACUGGUACAAUUAACACUAGAGGAUUACGUGGAUGCCAAGAAGACCUUCAAGAAAUGGGGAAACCGUUGUGAUCCCCAGGAGGUGAACACAUUACAAAACCUACUCAAAGCUUUCGACGACGAGGAUCCCGAGCUGGCCACCAAGAUGCUGGCAUCUCCAUUCAUAAGACACAUGGACGUGGAGUACGCACUUCUAUCAAAAGAUGUGCCUUUACCCCAAGGAAAUCGUCAAAUGACCAAAAAUGGCGGCGACAAUGCUGCAAACUAAAGAGCUUUACAAAAUGUGGUUUAUAAAUGUUGUAGUAGUUUUAUUCUUGUUCCUUAGGUGAAAAAGUUUCAUAAAUGUAGGUACACUGUUAAAAAUA